AAAAACAAAAGGUCAAUUGCUAACAAUAAUUCUACAUUCAAGGCCCGCGUCUUUUCUGCAAACUACCCUCCAUGGUGGAGGAUAGAAUGCUUGCACUGCAACAGCGCAAAGACUUGGGCGAGCAGCUUGCCGAGUUACAGAGCGAGGAGGAGCGGACGGCGGAGGAGUUGAGGGCGACUCGAGUUGAGUGGAAUGGGGUAGUGGGGCGGGGUGGGAAUGGGAACGCUUUGAUUACAAGGAUGAUGGAGCUACAAAAUAGGAAGGAUGAGCUGCGACAUAAGAUAGACGUGGCAAAGUUGGAAAAAGAGCUGGCUGAGAUACGCAAAGAGGAGCAACAGACAGAUCAAGGGUUGCUGGCGGUUCAGGUUGAAUGGGAUAGGGUAGUGGAACGAGGCGGGAAUGCGGACGCUAUGCUCACAAGGAUGAUCGAGCUGCGAAAUAGGACGAGGGAGCUGGAAAAUAGCCUCUUUGAGUUGAUACAGAGGAAAGACACGGUGAUUGCCGAGCUUGCGGAGGUCCACCAGAAGAACCGCAGGCGUCUCAAAUCCCGGCGUCGAGGUCAUGCUCGGGUAGUUACCCAAGUUGCGGCCUCUUUGCGUCUUCAUCGGGAGAUGGGCACUUUGAGGACGCAAUCGUUAUUGGGUGACGCGGCUCCUGCCGCGUGAUGGUGCUCAUCAGGAUCUCAAAACUAGUGUUCAGGAUCUUUCUAAUCAACAAUAGAUGCAACAAAUCAUUCAGAUGUUUAGCGUUUUUGGAUAUAACCAGCAUAACUUUUUUGC